AUGGACGGUGGCCGUGCGCGCGUGGUGGACAACGGCGGGAACUUCAGCCUGGGUCAGAAGCAGCUGCUGUGCAUGGCGCGCGCCAUGCUGCGCCGCAGCCGCGUGCUCAUGCUGGACGAGGCCACCGCCAGCGUGGACCCAGAGACGGAUGCGCUUAUUCAGCCUCCGUUGGGCCUGCACGGCGCCGCCGGCGCUGGGCCGCGCUGGGGCGCGUGA